GCAGUUCCUACCCGGACCGAAAUAUUCGUUGCACACUAGAUAGGCAUGGCGUCCUUCAAACAGAAGUGAUAAAAAAUUAUCAAUUUUGCACUUCUGUAUCUUUUUUAUUUUCGUAUGUGGGUACAUCACUAUUCCUCACAAUGGUGACCAGGACCGCGUGUCAACUGCUCCAGCGCCGCUUUGCAACUGCCGCGGCGGCAGCGGCGGGGUCAGCGCGUGCACCGGCCCCCGGGGGCCGCAGCCAGCGCAGUGCCGUCUUCUCCAGAGAGCAGGCCAGGCAGAGGGCUCUGUACCCCCGCAUCGAGAAGAUCGAGGUGUCCAUGCAGGGCCCGGGCCUGGACGGGACCCUGCUCGUCAUGAACAAAGGGAUGUCCACUCCGCUGAGCUGUGCCAGACACCUGACAGAGCAUCACGUGAGCAGCUCGGCUCUGGCCCUGGUGGACGGGGAACCGUGGUCUCUCCACCAGCCCCUCACCCAGUCCUGCUCCCUGACUCUGCUCACAUUUAAAGACCGGGAUCCCACGCUGGUCAACCAGGCCUACUGGCGCUCCUGCGCCGCCUUGCUCGGCCAGGUGCUGGAGACCGCGUUCAAGGACGACUUUGCCGUGGAGCUGCUCGGCACGCCCGAGGUGCCAGUCACUUCGGGGGCUUUCUGCUGCGACGUGGUGCUCGACCCUCAGCUCGACUCGUGGACUCCCUCUGAGGAGUCCUUGCGGUCUCUGACCAGAGGGGCCCAGCAGCUCAUCCACACCGACCUGGCCUGGGAGCCUCUGGAGGUGGCGCCCUCUGUGGCGCUGGAGGUCUUUGCACACAGCAGGUAUAAACAGGAAGAGGUGGAACAAAAGGCGGCACAAAGUCCCAAAGGCACCGUGAUGCUCCACAGAUGUGGUGACCAUGUGCUGCUGAGUGUGGGCCCCCUGGUGGCCAGGACAGGCCUGUGCUCCCAGUACGAGGUGACGGCCCUCCACAGCCUGGAGCCGGGGCCCCGGGGCCUCCGUCGGCGAGCACAGGGCCUCUCCCUGCCUCUGCAGCUGCAGGCUCACCACACAGUGUGGAGGAAACUGAGGCAGCGGGCAGAGAAACUGGUGGAGGUCCCGACACUUGAGGAAGUGGCUCCGCCCUCGGCCCCCGACUCCUCCCCCCCCGCCUCCGGCCAGCCAGUAACGACCUCUGUGUAACCUUCCGCACACGCAUCAACACUUUGUCAUGUAUCCCGUUGUAUCAUUUGUUGGAUUAAUGUGUAAAAAAAAAAAA